UCCAUUUUAGUUGGAGACUGUGGUUUUCAGAGUUCUCACAUGAUACGUGAGGGCUUAGGAGAGAGAGAGAGAGAGAGAGAUUCAAGGAAGCAGGCUUUUUUUCAUUUCAAAAAAAGGGAAACCACCAUCAAACACAGUCAAACAUUCAACACAUCUGUGUGUCGUGGCUUUACUUACACUGCACUACUCCCAGCCAACAUGCCUUGUGUCAGCGAUCUUCCACACCUACUGCCAACUGUGCUCAUAUGGUUAAUGGAUGUUAAGUGUUGCUUAUCUCAACAUGAAGAGAUCCUAACCAUCAGUUACCAUGUCAAUAACAUCUCUAUCGUGAACUACUCGGACUAUAACAUCUCCACUAUUGAUUACGACGACUUUCCUGAGCUUUGUGUGAAGGAACUGAACCGCAAGUUCCGCUGGUGGUUCAUGCCUACCUUCUACUCCAUCAUCUGCUUCCUGGGGCUGGCAGGAAACCUACUGGUCAUCCUCACCUUCUUCUACUUCAAACGUCUUAAGACCAUGACAGAUGUGUACUUGCUCAACCUGUCAUUUGCAGACCUGCUCUUUGCCCUGUCGCUUCCCUUUUGGGUAGCCAACUCCAUGACAGAAUGGAAACUGGGCCUGUUGGUGUGCAAAGCCAUGCACACAAUAUACAAGGUCAGCUUCUACAGCAGCAUGUUCAUUCUCUCGUUCAUCAGCGUGGAGCGUUACUUCGUCAUUGCCAAGGCGGUCUCCGCUCACCGCUACCGCUCCCAAGCAGUGUUUCUCAGCAAGGUAUCGUCAUUGGCCAUCUGGGUGAUGGCACUGAUCUUCUCCAUACCAGAAAUGAAAUACACCACAAUCAAUAACAACACCUGCACCCCUUACUCCAGCAAUUCUGACAAGCUCCGUGUCAGCAUCCAGGCGAGCCAGAUUGUUUUGGCUUUUGCCCUCCCGCUCCUGGUCAUGGGCAUCUGUUACAGUGGUAUUGUCCAGACCCUUUGCCAGGCUCGUAGCUUUGAACGCAAUAGGGCCAUCAAGGUGAUUCUCGCUGUGGUGGCAGUCUUCCUGGUCUGCCAAGUGCCUUAUAACCUGGUAUUAUUUGUGAGCACAGUUGUCACAGCAGAAGGAGGAACCAUAGACUGCCACUUUGAGAACACUCUCCUCUAUGCCACCGAUGUCACCCAGUGUUUGGCCUUCCUGAGGUGCUGCCUGAACCCUUUCGUCUACGCCUUUAUAGGUGUAAAGUUCCGUCAUGACCUCCUGAAGCUAAUGAAGGACUUGGGUUGCAUGAGUCAUGAGAUGUUCUUCAAGUUUACCUUGGGAGGAGGCAGGAGAAGGAGCUCGGCCACCGACACUGAAACCACCACCACAUUCUCCCCAUAAAGCGGCUUCAGCCACACCUGCAGACCACACACAGACUGGGAAACACUGGAUGGAUUAAAGACUGGAUAUGUUACAUGUACAUAGCAGAGGUGAUCAUAAAUGACAAUUUUGUGUUUUGUUGUUUUUGUCAGUUUUUUAGUGUUUAUCCUCGUCAGUUAAAACCAAACAAGGCUUUUUGUUACUUUUUUGUGUUGCAACAGUGUACAUUAUUUCAAGAAAUUCACGUUGUUAAUGAAAAAACGUUUUUUACCCGACCAUUUGAAGAGCAACAAAUCAUGUACAUCAAACCAACUGAAC